CACCGUUCGACUGUUGAUCUGGAAGUUUCUGGAUGUUUUUGUAAAGAUCUGCCAAAGCUAUAAAAACGGAUGUGUUUACAGCAUCGUGGGGAAAGAUUCACACCUACUCUCAAGAUUAUUCAGCCAGCUUAACCAAAACUUUUCAAGAAGACUUUGGAAUUUUUCUCAUCCUUCUGAUCUUGGACUUUUAGUCUUUUCUUUAAAAAGAGAUAAAGCAACAACAAAAUUUCAACUCAAGAUUUAAAGACAGAAAUACAUAUCUGUCUUGGCUGUUUCACCAUGAGUAGCGGUGGGGUAUCCACAGUUUCACCACAGGGGCCAGUGGCUUUUAAAAGGGCUGUCCAGAAGAUAAAGUGUGCAGCCAUGGUGGCUAACUUGGCCAAGAGUUGGCAGGGAUGGGCAAACGAGCAUGCAGGCAAGCAAGACGCCAUCCCAAGUGGCUGGAUGCCUUCAUCUAUUGAGGAGGAAGACAACAAGGAGCGUAACCAUAUGGUCAAACUCAACGUUACUCCACGAGUUAUCACAGCAGAUUCCCACCAGAGCAGUGAGAACAAAAUCCGGUCUUGCUCAGUCACCAAGACCAUCCCGCUGAAACUCAGUGAGUGCAGCAGCAGCAACGUGGUAAAUGCCAUCCGGGACAAGAUGGAGUCUGGCCCCGAAGAGAGUAAGCCGUUUCUGGGCAACGAGUCACCGACACGAAGGCGUCACAUGAGGGCCCUACAGAGUGCAGGAGGAGGAGGGCUUAUCCAGGACAAGAAGAUGAUGUUGGAGGACAAGAAGGUGGGCUCCCGCAGCAGCAGUGUGGACACGGAGGACAGCGGGCUGGGAGAGGAGGGCGGGCUCAGCGAUAACAGCGAAUCCAAAUCCGAGCAAAGUGGCAUUCAGCAGCAAAAAAAGACCAACAAACACAAGAUUAAGAUUGCCACUGUGGGUGACAUCAAAAACAGAUGGCAGCAGUGGUCUGUGCAGCACAUUGAAGGCCAAAAGCUCAACCCCUUCAGUGAGGACUUUGACUACGAGUAUGCCAUGUCCCACCGUCUCCAUAAAGGCGACUCUGGCUACGGUCGACCCAAAGACGGCUCUAAGACCGCGGAGCGCGGCGACCGGGCCCAGAAGCACAUCCACAGAGAGAUGGAGGAGAUGGUGUGGAUCAUCAGAGACAUGGGCUAUAAAGACAAGGAAGGCCGGACCGUCAUCACAUUCGGCCGGCUCUUUGAGCGAUACGUGAAGAUCUCAGACAAAGUGGUCGGCAUCCUGCUGCGCUGCCGCAAACACAAGAUGCUGGACUUCGAGGGCGAGAUGCUGUGGAAAGGGCAGGAUGAUAACGUCAUCAUCACUUUGAGGGACUGAGAUGUAAAUUAUUCGCAAUUUAACUAAAAAAUGAUGGACUUUUGAAGCAGUAGUCAACAAGGCAAUGCAAUCUACCUUCAGCAAUUCACCUUCAAACCUUAAAUCCGACACGUUUCCAUUAAAGCGAACACUAGGAGCCGUAUGGAAACACUAAUAGAUCAUGAGGCGACAGCCUACUAUGUUUAGCAUGUGAACCUCGCGAGCUAUCCUUCAUUCUAGAUGUCUGGAGAAUGUGCCACGAUGCCAGUUAUGCUUUAAGGCUUUUAACUUAACCCCACAAAACAUCACAGCCAGCAAAGACUAACUUAGCUUGUUAAAUGUAAGUGAUAUUCUUAAGCAUUUAUUUAUAAAGUGGAUGAAUCCAGUUGCAUGUCAAGUAAAUAUAAGAGUGAGCUUGGAGAAGAAAAUGUGUACAUAAAGCUUUAAAACUACAUUAUUUAUAGAAUAAUUAUAUUUAUUGCAUUGAUUAAUUAACAUUCAAGUAUAUUUUGGAAAUUAUGGAUGCUGGCAUCUUUCUUAAAAGACCCAGUUGUCUUGGUUUGUAGCUUCAUACAUCUCAAGGUUAAGUUAGCCUUAACUAUUAGCUUAAAAAAAGAGAAAGUUAAAAGUCUGUAGGACUAAAAUACUUUUUACACUUUUACAACUUUCUUUGAUGUUAGAGGUAAUUAUGAGAGGUGGACGGUCAAAAGAAUUGAAAUAGAUUUAGAUAUUUUAGAAUGUCAUUGGAGUUUGAAAAUGAUUCCCAACACUUGUAAAUGUAAACAAGUCUAAAACUAUUGAUUGUUUACUGUUAGAAACAUCUGAAUUCUUAGAAAGCAGAGUUGGUUAAAUGUUUAGAAAUGUUCUUUCAAAGUGAAAGUGUGUGAAUCUUCUUACAGAAGAAGUUUUUAUUAAUAAAUGUGUGAGAAACCGU